GUGACGUUCAGAAAACGGGCCUGAUUCGGUGAUGUUGAUUUCUCCGCACGGUCCGUUUCUCACGCGCCUCUCUCCCAUUGCACCGCAGCGCAACAUGAAGCGCAACGGUAGUCGCGGCUGCAUGACCCGGAAGACGCGCUUCGGCUCCCGUGAGAGGGACUGGCUGAAGGGUGACACCCAGCGGGGCUGCGUGUGCCUCUACGGAGCUUCCGAGCCCCAGGCGCCUGCUCUGGCGCCCCCGAGCUCGUCAGCGGCUCAGCCGGACCUCCGGCUGGUGCUCUGCUCCACCAGAACUACUGUGGAGGAACUCAGCAACCAGCGUGAUGGCCUGGGCCUCUACCUGCAGUUACAUGGAGACCUGAUCAGGAGGCUGGAUCCCUCUGAACGACCUCUUCAGAUAGUGUACGAUUACCUGACCACCAUGGGCUACGAGGACCCUCUGCGCAUUCAGCAGGAAGCUGCCAACUCGGACCUCAGCUGCAUGGUUCGCUUCUUCAGUGAGCGCCCGGUGAAUGCGGAUCAGCAGGACCGGACCCUGCUGAAGGGAGUGUUCAACGUGCGCAAGGGCAAGACGCAGCUUCACAAGUGGGCGGAGCGGCAAGUGAUCCUGUGUGGCACCUGCCUGAUCGUGGCCUCCGUGAAGGACAGCCUGACGGGCAAACUGCACAUUCUGCCCCUGGUUGGGGGGAAGGUGGAGGAGGUGAAGAGGAAGCAGUGUUUGAUGUUCAGCUCUGCUGGACCACAGGCUCAGACAUACUACGUGACCUUUGACACCCUACCUGAGCACCAGCGCUGGCAUCGGCAAGCCUCCAAAGUGGUGUCCCAGACCGUCAGUUUGGUGGAUCUGUCCUGCUACAGUCUGGAGGAGGUUCCUGAGUACUUGCUCUACUGUCAGGACAUCACGCACCUCAACCUGCGCCACAACUUCAUCAGGCUGGACGCUCCGGGAGGCCUCUGCAACUUCAACAGGUUUGCCCAGCUAAAGAGCUUGAACCUGUCUCACAACCGGCUGGGCGUGUUCCCCGAGGCUGUGUGCGAGAUCAAGACCCUGGCCGAGCUCAACCUGUCCUGUAAUGGCCUGUGCUGCAUCCCGCCCUGUAUCGGAAACCUCUCAAGUCUACAGACCCUCUCUCUGGACGGCAACCACCUGAGCUCCCUGCCAGAGGAGCUGGGGCGCCUAGCACAGCUCAGCAGUCUGGGCCUCUCCUUCAACAGCUUCCCCCACGUGCCCAGUGUGCUGGAGAGGCUUGUGGCUAUGGACAGACUGGCCAUGGCUGGGAACAAGGUGGAGGUCCUGGAGCUCACCAGCCUGCUCCGUGCACUCCACAUCAGGACUGUGGAUUUACGGCUGAACGGACUGCGGUGUGUGAAGAGCGAGACACUGGAGUCCAUGAAGCAGCUCACACAGCUGGACGUGAGGGACAACCGUUUGGACAUGCUGGACCUGAGCUCCGCCUGCAACCUGGAGACCCUGCACUGCCAGCGCAACCAGCUGGGGGCGCUCACGCUCAGCGGCUUUGCGCUGCGUACCCUCCACGCCGGCAGCAACCGUCUAUCCACAGUGAACACCUAUCCUGUUCCCCAUCAGCUGACACACAUGGACCUCUCGUGGAAUCUUCUGGAAUACCUUCCGGAUUGGGUGUGUGACUGCAGGAAGCUGGAGCUGCUCGACAUCUCACACAAUCUGCUGAUGGAGUUGCCAGCCAGACUGCUGAGUGGUCUGAGUCUUCGGAAGCUCCAUGCUGGCAGUAACGUGCUGCAGAGACUGCCUGACCUACUUGACCACAUCCCUCUGGAAGCCCUCGACCUGCAGCACAACAAGCUUGGCGUGCUCCCGGACAACUUCUUCUCCAAAGCCUUAAAUUUAAAAUACCUGAAUGUGUCAGCCAAUGCGCUAGAGACAAUCCCCCCGAGUAGCCUAUCAGAAGAGAGCCUUAGCUCCCUCCAGGAGCUGUACCUCACAGGAAACAACCUGAACGAGGACUGCGCAGCACUGCUGGUGGGGCACCAGAGCCUGCGGGUCUUGCACAUGGCCUAUAACCAGCUGCUGUCCUUCCCUGCAAGUAAACUGAGUAAACUGGAGCUGCUGGAGGAGCUGAAUGUGAGCGGGAACAAGCUGAAGACCGUUCCCUCCACCGUGUCCAGCUGCAAGAGCCUUCAUACCCUCAUCGCACACUCCAACCACAUCAGUGUCUUCCCUGAAGUGCUCAGCCUGCCUGAGAUCAAGUUGGUGGACGUGAGCUGUAAUGAGCUGACUGAGAUUCUGCUGCCAGAUUCCGUGCCCACCGCGCUGCAGGAGCUCGACCUUACCGGCAACAGCAACCUCAUGCUGGAGCACAAAACUCUCAACAUGUUUAGUCACAUAUCGACCCUGAGGCUGGACCAGAAGCUGACCCCGGCCCCGUCUGCAGGAGAUGCGCAGGGCUUGUCCGCUCCGUGGGAUCAUGGUUACGCGGAGCUGAGUGGCCAAAGGAACAAGCUGUGCGUGUCCGUACUGGCUGUGGAUCGCUUUGGGGACAGUGUGGAGGCGGCGUAUGGGCUCUUCGAUGGCGACCGCAAUGAGGAGGUGCCACGGCUGCUCCAGUGCACUAUGGGAGAUGUGCUGGCAGAGGAGAUCCAGCACAGCAGUGUUGACAGUGUGUACAUGUGCAACACUUUCCUCGCCUCACACAGAAAGCUGGGGGUGGUGGGGCAGAAGCUGGGGGCUUCUGCUCUGCUCUGCUACAUCCACCACGAGCCCUCUGAGCUGGGCAGCUAUUUCAGCCUGACCGUGGCCAACGUGGGCACGUGCCAGGCCGUGCUGUGCCGCCAGGGCCAGCCGCUGACCCUAUCCAAGGUCUUCAACCUGGAGCACAAUGCAGAGGAAAUGGAGAGGGUGAAAGCAGCCAAGGCCAUCAUCACCGAGGAUAACAAGGUGAGCGGUGUUACGUGCUGCUCACGACUGCUGGGCUGCUCCUACCUGUCGCCAUGUGUGCUGCCCAAGCCCUGGGUACGCACCGAGCCCCUCUGCGCCCAGGAUGAGUUCCUGAUCCUGGGGAACAGGGCACUUUUCCAGUGCCUGUCUUACCAGGAGGCGGUGAAGACCGUGCUGGCUGUCCGUGACCCCCGAGCCGCGGCCAAAAAGCUGUGUACCCUGGCCCAGAGCUACGGGUGCCGUGACAACGUCGGGGCGGUGGUGGUGGCCCUGCACAUCACGGAGGACAGCUGCACAUGUGAGCCUCCUUUUGGGACCACUGAGGCCCGAGGGCCCCCGGCGCCGACGGCUGUACCCGCGUUUGUGCCACCUGUCGAGCCAGCCACGCCUUCCUCCAGCAUUGGCAUCGCGUCAGAGUUCGGUAGUGAGACAUCCGCCUCAGAGGUAGGCAGUGAGGCGGGCUCCACGGCGUCGGAGGAGAACCCGCGGCACGAGCGGCGCUGUAGUCUGCACCCUGCGGCUGCGCUCUGUGGCGCCGGUGGGACGGGCGGGAUGGGCACCCUUCUGCCCGGUGCCAAUCCAACCCUGUUCCAGCGCCAGCCGUCGUCCACUGCAUUCUCCAGCAACCAGUCAGACAACGGCCUGGACAGUGAUGACGAGGCGCCACUGGAGGGUGUCAUUUCCAAUGGCAGCAAGGUGGAGGUAGAGGUGGACAUCCACUGCUGCGCGUUCCAGCUCCGCUCUGGGCCUCCACCCAGCCCCAAGGAGCCGGACCUCAGGCAUGAUGCCCGCGGCUCCGAAUACUGCGGCGGGGGCAGGGUCCGGCGCCAGACCAGCGUGGUGGUGUCGGCCACCAACGGCUGCUUGCUGGCCGUCUGCGGUAGGGAGAUCUCCGACCUGAAGAAGUCACCCUCCACCUCCAGCCUCUUCGGGAAGAAACUCUCCAAUGGCUCCGUUGUGGCUCCUGAGGACAGCCACAAUGUUAUCGAAGUUGCGCUAGAAGCUCCUAAGAAGAAGUCUGGGUAUUUCGCAGCUCCUGCACAGCAGGACCCAGAAGAUCAGUUAGUGGUUCCACCCAGCCUGGAACACGACGUUCGGGAACAGAUGAGAGGCCAAGGUCCCAUUGUUCCAGGACCUCCACCUUCCUCAACGCCUCCCACAAAUAGAGACCCACCCGCCUGGGACCACGGGCACCUUGGCCUCCUUCCCACCCCCUUUCAACAGGAGGUGUAUGACACUGCCCUGUAGAGGGCACUAUAGCACAUCACUGUCUGAGCAUCUCUGUGACAUAGUGUCAUACUGUGCCACAGGGUGUGACCCUUCUUGCUCCCUGUAGGAUGUUCCAAUUUUUCAGUCAGCUCUGACAUUGUGUGUGUGCACAGUCCUGUAUGUGGUCUCAUGGCAACAACCCCACCAGCCUAAAGAGCUCUGAGAUGAUUCAGACGAAGAACAGAUGGUGGAUUGGAGGAGAGCACACGUUUCAAGACCAAUGAAAUGAGGUCUUGGAAAAAAAAAAAAUUGGGCUGUCCCAGACCAGAAGCCACAGCGUGAGCUAGAAUACCUCAUAAACACUUUGCCCUUUACAUCUGAAGUCACACCCUGCAGCAGGCUUCUGACAUCCCUGUUGCUUCUCAGAAGGGAGAAUCUGGGGUGACCAAAAGAUAAGAAAAGUGCCUAUUACAGGUGCUGGCGUCUCAACAGGGCAUCGCUGGUCUCGUCCGCUUUCACUACAAACACCAACUCCUGCUCUCUCAUGGUGACGAAAACACUGAUAGUUUGCUGGCUGAUCCCUCUUAAGAAAAAAGCCCUUCUCUGCUGUGUGGAGAAACAAAAAUGCCACUGAAAGAGUGUUGACAGACAAGACUUUCCUUACUGGUCUCCAUGUAAGCCCACAAACGUCACGUGGUUGUGGAGGAACGGUCCAGUUCUGCACGGUGGACAUGGGAACCCACGCCACACCACAGUGGAGCUGUGAAAGACUGGGCGGGGCUUCGAGAAGCGCGUGGAAUAGUACUGGUGAGCGUGGUGUCGACUUCUACAUGUCGUAUCAUCGCUACGUCCACAUGUGUGGUGUCAACACUGUGGUUGUUUGGGUGGCAACCAUAAAAGACCUCACUAACUACUGCUUAUAUGAUAACAGGUUCGUGAGCAGUCAGGAGUGUGUGAAGUGUGCCAGAAGAGACAGAAAAAGUACCCGUCAAUAAAGCAUUGGGCUCACGAAUACUGUACAUAAAGUAACACUGGAAAGCUGACAGAGGGUGAUUGGGUGUUUUUUCAUCAAAUACCUAACGUUUCUGGAACAUGACAAGACAAAGCAAGACAACCAUUUCAUAUACUGUACAGUGUGUUUGUGUGUAUGUGAAACCAAGUCUUACUUUAGACAUGAAAAGUAUGAUUGUCCUUGAGGACCUACACUGUCCCUAACUAUUUGGUUUGAUUUUAUUUUGGUUUAUGAUGGCGUUAGCGGAUUAUGAGAGUUCCUCUCGCCGUGUGAUUCAGACUGCAGGCUUUGUGUGUACAAAACGCCUGUAUCUGGCAUCUUGAGUUACGGUAUAGACACAAUCACCAGAUUCGAGGAUAUUUUAGUUUUUUUGGUGAACAGACUACAGUGAUGCUGGAUGUGCGUCCUCUGCUGGUGAUCACUGUAGACUGCAGCGUUGGUGAAUGCAGCCUGCACGGUGAUCGGUUGUGUACUCACUGGGUUUGAGGAAAUAAACCAAAAAUGGUGUGGUUCUUUAUCUAGCUGACAUUAGAUGCACUUCGUUUUUAUAAUGGAAAGAAAAGACAUUAUUGAGGUUUAAGGCCAGUUGAAUACAGUAAUAAUAAAGGCCAUGUAACCUAGACUGUUGUGGAUCUUAUCCAGUCCUCUCCAUUCACACUUGGCAUUGUAUGACAUGAGCGGAUUUGUUGUAGGGCUAAAUACAGUGUAAGUAAUAGGUUUAAGUUUUGAAAGAGACGCACUACUGGUUCCCAUUGAACUAGGAGUUUCAACCCUGGAGACAGGUCUGGAGGUCACGGACCCGUCUCCUUCUGGAUGGAAUUCACACUGACGGUUUGAUUUGAAAUUUAUUAAUACUUUGUCUCAGCCAGAAAUGAAAAGUGAAAGGGGGAUUCAUCAAUUCCGACAAUUCAUAUGGGAUAUUUAUUCCGUAAAAUGCCACUAAUGCAGUUUGUCUUUCGGGUAUGGUGACCUUGGACUGCCUUGAGAUAAACACGGAGGGUUGCUGGAUCAGGACUUGGAAACACAGAGACAUUCCACAUGAUCGCUACAUUAUCCCCGAGGCCCUGUCUGCACUCUGUCCAAGUGUAAUAUUUUUGCCAUUGCAUUUGAAAAUUGAUCAUAGGAGUUUUUGAAGUGUCUGGAAUAUUUCUCUUUGAAGUCGUGGUUUGCCACCGAGUGCCCUUUGUGCCAACACAAAACGUUCUAUCAAUUCAAGACUUACUUUGUUGCACAGAUCGCGAUUAUCUGAUGAAACGAUAUAAAAAACAGAAUACUCAUUGCCACUUUUGCUAAAGCCACUCGCGUCGGGUCCUCGCGGCUUUGGCCAACUGUUGCGCGUCCUCGUGACACUUUUACUACAUGUACGUGCAGACCACAGUCUGCCGAUCUGGUGCCAAAAGGGGUCAUUCUUAAAGGGUUGUGGAGGACUGUGGGACAGUUCUGUUGUGUGCUAGGAAUGAGGGGGUGCCUGGGGCAUGAGCAUGGAAACCCACCAGGACUCGCACCCCUUCGACACAGCCAUAGCCUUAAUACAGGGCUGCUUCCGGCUAGCUCUGCGCUUUUCUUUCUGACCUCGUCUGUCCUUCUUUCUCUUUCUCCGCCUUCCUUCCUUUUUAACCUCCCCACAGCAUGGGCUGUGGUAAUUUGAGAUUUUGUUUUAUACUAUCUUUUACACUUCAGAAGCCUUAUAGCCAUGUUUUCAUUUGGUGACCAAAUAUUCACUGAAAAUCUCUAGAAAUCAUUUCCUGCCUAGACUGAAUAGUGUAGAAUACUAAGAUAUAUGAAAGAAUAUUAAGCACUACAUGCUUCUGUUUGAAAGCAUGUCAGAUAACAUCAUGACCUUUUUAGUUUUUUAAAUUCUCUUAGGAAGGAUCUUGCAUUGCAAAAGCACUUUGUACAUAGUUCAGAAAUAUCUGUACAAAUAUUAAUAUAUUUGUGAAACUACGGUUUAUUAGCUAUUUGGUGAAAUGCGCAUGAGCUCAUGGGCCUUGAGUUGUGAUUGCGGUGAUCCCUACGUGGGCAAACAUUCAGUCUUCUCUAAGAGAAAGUGCAGAAAUGUUCAGUAUGGUGUGCGUUGAGCACUGAGAGUAUCGGUCGCGAGAGCUUGCUGUGUAGUGGAGAGAUGAGUGUUUGUUUCCAGCUGAAGUGUGUUCAUGGAGCACUCCCAAGGCCAGAGACAGAGGUGUGAGUUAUGAGGCAUCCCGUGCCCAUGCACAGUAAUUGUGAUAAGAGGCAUUUGUCAACACACUGUGUUUGUUAGAUAAAGUCGUUUUCUCUCACAUGGCCAUAUAAACACAAUUUCACAACUGUAGGCUCACUGUGGCUAUUCAACAGUAAAUCAGGCAAAAGAUAACCAUUACCUGAAAAUAAAGCCUUUUCUUCUACAUCUCAAGUGACUCUCUCUCUCUCUCUCUCUCUCUCUCUCUCUCUCUCUCUCUCUCGCACGCACGCACGCAUGCACGCAUGCACACACACACUGUAUAGCAUUAUAUCACUCAUAGAAUUAUAACUGCUAGGGCACAUUAUGGCAUGACGUUAUAUGUCAUUCCGAAACAUGAUAUAUGCAAAGCUCUGAAGAAUCAUCUGUACAUAUGUCUGACUCAGCUUGUGUGGCUUGCAGACAGCACCCUUACAGGCUAAAGCAGGGAAGGUGUAUGAGCCACUGGGGCCGUGCACACAUGCGUAUGUGUUUCAGUGCGAAUUCCUAUUACUCUGCUUGUGUCUUGUUGUCCAGUCUAGCCUACUGUUGUGUAGUUGCUUAGGAUCCAUGUCUGUAUCGCGUCUGGAAUUUGGAUCCGUUUUGCCAAGCCGAGACCAGUAUCAGAUUUCCAAGCAGUUAUGGUUCUUUAACCGCUUGUGCUGUGUGCGCUCUCUGCCAAAUCCUGUUCAGUUUUGGGAUAGGGAGCAGGGGGAAUCCUAGCCAAGAUUUAUUUGAAUAAAGUCUGUUUAUCAGUCAAAGUUCACACAAUUUUUAUGAUCAUUAGAAAAAAAGAGUUCUGUGGCAAAAUGGAAAAGAUUUAUAACAGUGAUACAGUGAGGAAUGCUGGUAUAUAUUAGUACUGUACAUGAAAACAUAAUUUUUCUUUUCUUCCUCUUCUUUUAAAUGAAGAGGCUACAAAAACAUUUUGGUGAAGACAUUCAUCAUGAGUGAUGCAGAAAUGACCUUUAAACCCACAGGUUAAGAGUGUUUUUCUACUAUGCAUCCAGGACACUGUUGCUCUGUAGUUAUUCGGGGGCCAUGCUGACGUACAGAGGCUGUGCGCUUAUGUUGAUGUAAGUGAGUCUGUCGCAUUUGAAACUGUCUGUCACAUUUGGAAAGCUUCAUUUAAUCUGUUAAUUAAAGGUGUUUCAUUUAACCUUGUGAAUUCAUUGUCAUAAAUUGUAUUUUAUCUUAUUUUCUUACCUGUAAUUAAUCAUACUGCCUAGAGGUCACCAUGUUCAAACACAGGCCCUGCGCUGGCUGCUGUAUUAUGUGUAUUUCUUUUUGGAUGUAUUUUUUAAAGAGAUGUAUUCCUUUGAAUGUAAUGUUGUUUUAUUAGUCAUUUCUUUCACUGUUUUCCAAAUAAUCACAGCUUGUUUUGGACAGAUGGGACCGAAGAUGCUCCUGUUUGUUUGACAUGUGACCAAAGUUUGAUCUCACUAUCAUUUCUACACAUUUUUGUUUUCUAGAGAUGCUUGAAUAUUUUCUCUCAAUGCCAAGAAGCUGAGAUUUAUUUUUGUACUUCAUUGGUUCAUGCAAAUUUGUAGGUCCUUCAGUCUAGAAUAAGGCUCUGUGAGAGACCAUCGCCACAUCAAAAUCUUUUGUUCAAGGAACUAGUUAUUAAUGUAUUUAAUGUAAAAUGCAUGCCCUAUAUAAAUGAUUACAUACAAUAAAAAUAUGUGAACAUGUGA